AGCGGGCCUGGAUCUCCCUCCCGCGUCGGGCUCGGGCCUGGGGGAACCCGGGGUGGAGUUAGCCGCCUGCCUAUUUUCAUAUUCAUUAGCAAGGGGAGGUUGCGCAAGGAGCCCUGCUGGGCUUUCAAGAUAUAAAAAGCGACUUCGGGUCCCCCCUCUCAAGACCAGACAAAUCAAAGGCUGGGAGGCGCAGCAGCUCUCGUGAGCUCCCAAGGUCUCUCCCUCCCUCCCGCCCCUGCUCACAGCCCUGCCUCUGUCUAGGGAAGAGGCUCCCCAGCAGCCUUAGAUGAUUAUGGAUUUUCUGAGCGAGAAGUUUGUCUUGAAGAGCCCGAGUAAGACCAGUGACUUUUACAUGGGAGCAGGAGGCACCUUGGAGCACGUUAUGGAGACGCUGGACAACGAGUCCUUUUACAGCAAAACCCCCGCCAGCAAAUGCGUGCAGGCCUUCAACCCGCUGCCAAGGGCUGAGCAUCAUGUCAGGCUGGAGAGGACCUCGCCUUGCCAGGACAGCAAUGUGAACUAUGGGAUUACUAAAGUAGAAGGACAGCCUCUUCACACAGAACUUAACAGGCCCAUGGACAAUUGCACCAGUCUUAGAAUGUCUCCAGUGAAAGGGAUGCAGGAGAAGGGAGAACUGGAUGAACUUGGUGAUAAGUGUGACAGCAAUGUCUCCAGCAGUAAGAAGAGGAGGCACAGAACCACCUUUACCAGUUUACAGCUGGAGGAACUGGAGAAAGUGUUCCAGAAAACCCAUUACCCUGAUGUAUAUGUAAGAGAACAGCUGGCUCUGAGAACAGAGCUCACUGAGGCCAGAGUCCAGGUUUGGUUCCAAAAUCGGAGAGCAAAGUGGAGAAAAAGAGAACGUUAUGGCCAGAUCCAGCAAGCUAAAAGCCAUUUUGCUGCCACCUAUGAUAUAUCUGUUCUGCCAAGGACUGACAGCUACCCCCAGAUUCAGAACAAUCUGUGGCCAGGAAAUGCAGCUAGCGGUUCUGUGGUUACUUCCUGUAUGUUACCACGUGACACUUCCUCCUGCAUGACGCCUUAUUCUCAUUCGCCCCGGACAGAUUCUGGUUACACAAGCUUUUCAAACCACCAAAAUCAAUUCAGCCAUGUACCCCUCAACAAUUUUUUCACUGACUCUUUACUUUCCGGGGCUACCAACGGACAUGCAUUUGAAACCAAGCCAGAAUUUGAAAGGAGGUCCUCCAGUAUUGCAGUUCUACGAAUGAAGGCCAAAGAGCACGCUGCCAAUAUUUCCUGGGCUAUGUAAUAUAAUAAUACCCCUUUUUUAUAAAUAACAAACCAAAAACAUUCUUAUUUUGUAUAUUUAAAGGACACAACAAUAAGCUGCUGUAUGUGGAAUGCUAGUGGUCAGGAUAUACGUGAAACCUGCUUAAACAAAUACAGUAUCCUAUUUAACAAUAAAACUUAAGAACAAACCUGGAUAGAUACCAUGCAACAAUGUCAACAAGAUCUGUUUUGUUGUAUUUUGUUUUUAUAUCCAAACAUAUUUUGUUGUACCAGUUGAUGAAAUAUGACUAUAAAGCUGCAAAAAAAGAAUAAACUUAUUAAGCAAAUA